AUGCGAGUUUAUAGGAGAAUUAUGUCCCCUUAUAUAAUUGACAUGAGUGGUAUGCAAAUAAAGCGUACUUGUGAAAAAGAAAGAAACACACAAACGUGUGACGUAGAAAUCGAACGUUUCCAGAAUGGAAAGCAUAUUUAUAUAAUAAAACGGCAUCCAGAUCCAAAAACAAUAAUUGAACAUGAUAGUUUAGCAUAUGCAAGAAUUGAUCCCAACAUAGAUAAACAAGAUCUAAAUGGUUGCAUCCCACUAAUAGAGGCAUGUAUGCACAAUAACAUAGAUGAUGCAACAAAUUUGAUAAGAGACGGUGCUGAUAUUAAUAUGACUGAUAACGAAGGAAACACGCCAUUAUACUGGUCUUGUUUUUGUGGUAACAUUACACUCUUUAACAUGUUAAUAGAUGCUGGAUGCGAUAUACAAACAUCUAACGAGGAUGGAAUCACACCUCUUAUGAUAGCAUGUGGUGAAGAUCAUCUUCCAUUAGUAAAAGUAUUGAUUGAGAAUAGAGCUCACGUUAAAUUUGCUGACGAGCGCGGAAUGACCCCAUUAUCUUGGUCAUGUUGUGCGGGUCAUAAAGAUAUAGCACGCUUACCGAUAUGCGAAGACUUUAAAGAAGAUACUCCUUGCAAUCAUGGGUUCACAUUUAUGAGUUUAUAUGGUAAUACACGUCUGCAAAUAGUCAAGCUUCUCAUUGAAAAAGAUGCUGCUAUUAACGUUUCAGACAAAGAAGGCCAAACACCGGUUUAUUUGUCUUGUCGUGGUGGAUAUAUUGAUAUAGUAUACUUCUUGGUAGACAAAACAUGUGACAUGCAUAAAGCUACUAAUGCUGGGUACACGCCUUUCAUGGUUGCGUGUAGUAAAGGACAUAGGUCAAUAGUGGAACUGCUUAUUGAGAAAGGAGCUGAAAAAAACAGUACCGAUAAGGAGGGAAACACACAAUUGUCUUUAGCUUGUUUCCGUGGAGAUAUAGAUAUAGUAAACUUAUUGCUAGAAGAAGGCUGUAAUACAGAUAAACCAAACAAUUACGGGAUUACCCCUCUGAUGAAAGCUUGUUGUGCAGGACAUCUGUAUAUAGUAAAGCUUCUCAUUGAAAAAGGUGCUGAUAUUAACGUUUCAGACAAAGAAGGCCAAACACCGGUUUAUUUGUCUUGUCGUGGUGGAUAUAUUGAUAUAGUAAACUUAUUGGUAGACAAAUCAUGUGACAUCCAUAAAGCUACUAAUGCUGGGUACACGCCUUUCAUGGUUGCGUGA